AGUGAGAAAAAAUGAAAUGGAAUGGCCGGACUCAUUUCUCUAUUAAUUUCUGUAAUAAUCACUGAAGAAAUCGAAGAAAACAAAUAUUUGUAUUUCUUUUACAAUAACUCCCUAUAAAUAAUAAAAUGGAGUGGUCCCCACGUUCGGUGUCAAGCCUCGGAACCAACCAACACAACCCAUAAAAGGGCAGAAAAAACCCUAUCCCGUAAUUUCCCCCACCCAGGUAUCUCAGCUAACCUUUUCCCAACUAAUUUCUUGGAAAAUGGAAGGUUAAUUAUGUCUUUUCCACAAACGAAAAGAUUUUCCAGGGAAAGGAAAUAUGGCUUGCAGUGUUGGCAAUGUGCUCCGCUUCUCCUUCCCCUUCUCUCUCUUUCUGCAGUUAGUUAAGCUGCUCCAAUCUCUUCACCUACUCUUUAGCAAAUACCAAAUUAAAUUACCUUAAUAAGUAUUUUAUUAUUUGUAUACAAUUUUUUCCUUCUUUUUAUUUCCUUCAUUCAAGUUGGUUUUAUAGUUAUACUAUAUAUAUUGCUGCCGCUGGUUGUACAUAUCUCUUCUUCUCUUUCCUUUUUUUUUUUCUCUUGAAUUUUUUAGAGCAAAAAUCGAAAAUGCCUCUGGUUAGAGCUCAGGUGAGGAAUGAGUACGGGCUUGGUCAACCGGAGCUUUACAAGGAAGUCAAUAGAGAAGAUCCAAAAGCUGUUCUCGACAGCAUCGCCGUCGCCGGCCUCGUUGGGGUCUUGCGCCAGUUAGGCGAUCUUGCUGAAUUUGCAGCAGAGGUUUUUCAUGGAUUACAAGAGCAAGUAAUGAGCACAGCUUCUAGGAGUCAUAAAUUGACGAUUCGUGUGCAACGGAUCGAAGCUGCGCUUCCGCCUCUUGAGAAGGCUGUUCUUGCCCAGACUAGUCAUAUUCACUUUGCUUAUACAGCUGGUUCUGAAUGGCACCCUCGGAUUCGGAAUGAGAAAAAUCUUUUCAUCUACAAUGACUUGCCACGAUUUAUUAUGGAUUCCUAUGAAGUUUGUCGCGACCCUCCACAUCUACACUUGCUUGACAAAUUUGAUGCUGGUGGCCCAGGAUCUUGUUUACAGAGAUAUUCUGAUCCGACCUUCUUUAAGCGAGCUUCAGGUAGCUCCAUUGAAGAAGAUAUUGAGAAAGUCCCAACAGAUAAGAGGACUCGUAAAAGCAAGAAAAGAAGAUCGUCCCACAGAAAUGGCAAACUAUCACGUGGUGCAUCAUUAUCAAGUUGCAGUGGCAGAAUGCAGUUUACUUCUGUACUUGCUAAUGGGCGAGCUUCCUCUCAAAAUGCAUCCACAGUUGAUAUGGCACUGAAAUCUGAUAUAGGACAACAUUCAAGUUCUUUUGAUUCAAGAACUGGGUCUGGAUAUAUUGAAUGUGCUUUCAAUCUUGGUUCAUCCAUGCUAGAGGAAUUGGAACCCAAGGAAUUUUCCUCUAAGCUGAUGCAAGAAACAAAUACCCUUGGUUCCAAUUUUCCCGUUGAUCAAACUCGGGUUCUAGAUGAUAAUUUUUCACAUAGUUCAUCACAAGAGCAGAUUGUCCCUAGUUCAUCUUGUGUAACAUGGGAUGAAAAGGCAGAAAUAGUGGAGUCCAAAGCAGGAAAUCGGGAUAUAUAUGAAGUUCCAGAGAUGAACUUUGAUGUAGAUGUGCAGGAAAUUGGAAUUGCCAAUGCCAGAAAUGGUGACCAAGUGCAUAUCCCCUUUAAUGAUGUGGAUGCUCCCCAAGCAAGCAUUAUUGAGAACCAAAAUGAUGAAAUUGAAAGUGAACCAGACAAUUACAUGGAUGCACUGAACACAAUAGAGUCAGAAUCUGAAAAUGAUAUUGAGUGCCAUAGAAAACAAGAAGUGGAACAGUGUUCUGAAAAUGAUAUCGAGUGUCAAGGAGAACUGGGACUGGAACGGAGUGAAGAUGCUAACAACGUUAGUAAUGAGAAUAGAGAAGAUGAAGAGGUUGUUAUGGAUGAUAACGUGGACAGUAAUUCAUCUAUAAUUGAACCGUCUGCCUCAUCCAAUAUUAUUUCAAGCAAUGGGAUGUCUGGGAGUUCAUCUGAUCCAGUAGCCUCUGAGAAUAUUCCCUGUGAACAGGUGCCUCAAAUCUCAGGCAAAUCUUCUGACCCUGAUCGUACAUCAAAUACCGGUUUAUGCAUAAGUGAGGAAAUCUGUAAUGGCUCGCAAGCGGAAUUUGUCAUCAGUGAUCCAUCACCAUCCUCUGGCUCCACAGUUUCUGAUAUGCAUGAUCCAGCCAGUGAUAGGAUCAUGAACAGUGUUAAUGACUCUCAAAACUCCCAGACUGAAUCUUCUUCUGUGCAUUCAGUUGGGUUCUGGACAAAUGGUGGCCUUUUGGGACUUCAGCCAUCAAAACCUCCUGAUUUUGCUGUAUCAACUGUAGGUCAGGGUUCUGCAGCUACAACUAGUGAAGUAUUUGGUCCUCCAAAUCAAAUACUUAUGUCUUUGCAAGAUGGACUCAAAGGAAAUGCAGGCACUGUGGUUGAGAAUGCUAAUUUAGAUGCAAACCUUGGAAGACCUGUUAAUUCUCAUUUUAAUGAUAAUCUUGAUAAUUUAAAUGGUGUUGGCUCUAUCCUAAAUACCUCAUUGCCACAUGGAAACAAGAACCCAGUCAAUCCUAACAUCAAAGCUACAUCUAUUGAAUCUGAUGAGGAGGAUGAUGACAAGUCAUCAAGGAUGUUUGGACUUGGCCAUAAAUUACUUGUAAAUGGUUUUCGCAGAAAGGUGUCAAUUGGCAAUGAUGAUGAUUCUGAACCAGCCACUUCUACGAAAACUGGGGUAUUGGAGCCUAGGAAUGAGCAGCAGUGCAUAUCGUAUCAGAAAAUUCCUCAGACAACCGUUAAUGAACAGAUCGGAAAUGGAUCUCCCAUAAAUUCACUUACUUCUUCUCCACCACUUGAACAUAUGAAAAUAUCCUUCAACCCUUUAGAUGGAUUUGGGACUUCCAAACUCAAAUUGCAAUUUCCUGAUGGGAAUCAUUAUCAUGAAAACAUUAGAGACAUGUUUCCUUCAUUUCAGUUGGUCCCAGUGCCUGCUAUUUCAGCGCAUGGUGUUGCUUCAGACUCUGAUGAUGAUACUUUCUGCAGAUCAUCCCCUUAUAUGUCCGAUUACUGCCUUAGUCAUUGCUCUGAGUCAAAUUCUGAGCAGUGGGAAUCUGGUGAAGCACCUGAAAGCAAUGAUCCUGCGCUGUAUGAUGCAUUAAGCAGAUUGUCAUCAAUGGAAUCUGUUUCAAGCUGUUUACAAGUUGGGGGAGCAGCCAAUAAUGGCAUCUGUGUUAAUGGGGGAAAUAAAAAACAUAUAGCACCGGGGUCUAGUGCAGCAGAACCAUCUCUAUCUAUGCCACUCGAUCUCCCAGGUUUUGAUGUCAUUAACCCUGUACUGCAUGAUGAAACAAAAAGUAAUUCUGAUCAAAAGAAUCAGGUAAAAUUGCAAAAUGCAACGCAGCUCAAACCAUUGCCUCCACCUCCCCCCCCUGCACAAUGGCGGGUUUCAAAACCUUGCUUCAACGAGGCAGAAGAAAGACAACAUGCUUUAUCAGAGUCACUGAGACAUGAGCUUGAUCUGAAACUUCUUAGUUCUUUUGUCUCUCAGAAGCCUGAGCCACCUUUAGUUAAUCAACAGGAAAUAAAUGAUAAGGCAAAUGCAUUGAAACCAGAGAAGAAGGUGGACGAAGAGAAAAAUAAUGGACAGGAAGGGGUAAGCCUGCUCAGUGGUGGCGGAGGGAUGGAUGAAAAGGAAGAUUUCUUGCAUCAGAUCAGAACUAAAUCUUUCAACCUAAGACCCACAGCCACUGCAAGACCAACUGUUAUUUCUGGUCCCACUGCAAAUGUCCAGGUCACUGCAAUUUUGCAGAAAGCAAAUGCAAUUCGCCAGGCUGUUGGGAGUGAUGACGAUGAUAACUGGAGUGAUAAUUAAUUAUUGUGGAAUACGAAUGCAAAAGACAAUCAGAAGUUCUCCCAGUCUUGGGUUUUCAAAUUUGGGUGAGGCUGUUUGAAAUGUGUAUAAUCCUUGUUUCUUCUUGUAAUUAGUUACUUGGGCUCAUCUUGUAUCGUAUAGUGAUUAUUUGCAUUUGUUUCUUGAAUAGUUAAUGUUUUGAACAGGUAUUUAGGUGGAUCAUGAUGCAUAAUGCAUGAGAAUAUGAUAAGUCUAUUAAGUUGUGUAUUCCCCCCACCCCCCCCCCUUUUUUUUUUUUAGUUUAUAUUUAACGGACUCUACCAUGCUCGCAAUUUUCUGUUGUUUUGCCUCAUAGGGAAUUGUUAUUUCCUCUUAGGACUGAGGACGCGAGGUUAUUGCUACCGAAAAUUGCUUUACUAUUUUGGCACGACAACUAGGAGUCAGAAAUUAUAAUGCAACUUGAUAUGGAUGAAUUGUGUGUAAGAAAACAUUUCAGUUUGGCCGUUGAAUAUAAGGAAAGCAGGAUGUUGUGUCGUCGUUAGAACAUGGAUGUUGCCAAUUUGUGCAGCAAAUAAAGAAUGAUUACAAUUGCCCGUUUCUCCGUCUUGCUUAAAAGUGUAAUUUUCAGCGGCAGCAAAAACAGGGAUUAGCAGUGCCGGGUAAUUGCGUGCACAGUAGCCACUAACUUGGUUUUGAAUCAUCACUACUUUGUUUUUCUUGUGUUUUGCAUUCAAAUAUUUAAUCUAAUUAAACAGUUUCGAGAGUGUUUCAAUUCAAAAGGUAAAUGAUUAGAA